GGGGUCGAGUGCUGACGAACCCGCUUCCAUUGACUUCAGCGAAACGAACUCCAGCAGCGGGGAGUCGGACAGGCAGACAACCCCCGUGAGAAUGAGGAAGAAGAAAGUGCAGAGACAUCCCAGGCGAAAGGGGGCUGGGAGGCAAAGCGUCGCUCAGGUUGUUGAUAAAGUUACAUCUCAGAUGAGAAUGGAAAAAUCGGACCGAAGACCCAAGGGCUUGCACCACAGCCGCUCCGGUUCCUCGGGCUCCCCCUCGACCAGCUGCAGGGACUCGCUUCCGGGGCACGGCGACCGGGUCAGUGGUAAAGGCGCUAGCGGCGCGGCGGAGGAGUCCGGCCUGGACAGCGCCACCUACAAGGCUGCAUCAGACACCAAGCCGUGCCUUAAAAAGCUCUCAGAGAGACCUACAACCUCCAACAGUGUGCUUGACCUCAGCUCAGGACGUACAAGCCUUAGACCAACCCAGUACAAGCUAGAGGAAGCUUUGCCCACGCCCUGCUCUGCCCCCCCACUGCGCAGGUCCAGUCACAGCCUGAUCCGUCCCACCCAUUCCUCUUCUGCCCCCCGGGAGGCUUCCAUCUCCCCCGUCCCGCCAGAGAAACCCACCACUGGCUCUGUGAACGAGACCUUAGUACACAGACUCAUCAGCAACCAUAAACACAAGGAUCCUAUUCACAGUGACGGGUAUGACCUAGACGGACAGGAAUCGGUGGACCUGCGCGGCUACCUGGACGGGGGGACCAAGAGCUACAUGGAGAGAAUGGGGGAGCUCAUGGCAAACAGGCUGGCCAUCAGCGACACAGAAGAGGGAAGUGUAACCAACUUCUGGGAGACAGACCUGCCGUCUCGCACUAUGUUAUCCACGCCUCGAAAUUCCCAUUCAAGCUUGCGCAGACUGGACGCGCUGGAGCCGGUCGUUGCCAAGACUCGGCUCCACGACCCGAGGAGACAGCCCAGGCCGGUCCGUUCCCCUCAGAGCGUAUACGCGUCCGUGCGCGCAGCCCAGGUCAUCCAGCGAGGGACUUCUCGGAUCCACAAGUCACCCUUGAGCCGGAAAAGGAGUGACGACCAGUGGGAUAAGAAGAGAGACAGUCAUCGGCAGCUACACUAUUUUGCAGAUGACAGGACGAAGGAGAACAGGAAUUACUUCGACUCCAGAAACCACUACGAGGGCUACGACGACAAUUUGCUGUGGGUCAGAGGCCCUAACGGGGAACCCACCGACGUCCUCACCGACCCGAUUCACAACGGGAAUUUAACGUAUCACCGCUACUCCUCGCAGCCAACGCAGCUAGACAUGGGACCAUGUGACGACCUGCUAGUUUCUGGAGAAGAGGUCGUACUCAGACUCUCUGUUCCUUCCAUACCAAGAGUUUCCUCGGGGUCGAAGGCGGGAGACGAGGCCCCCGCAUCGCAGGUCGCGCGUCGCGGCAGCAGCAGGAAAUCGGGCACAAGAGCCAACUCAGGAAAGCCAAAAGGGACCAAGGACAUCGACGAAGAACAGCUGUGCGCGGACAUAGCCACCUGCGAUACACUGUUCCUAGAUACCGCUGCUCAGGAAACGCCGGAGCUCAUUGCAGCCAGAAACCUCAAGGGGAAACUCAAGAAGAAGAAAUCAGUCAAACCCGGAGGGAGCAAAGACUCGGAGAAACACAAGGCAAGCAAGCAGGACCAGAACAACGAGCAGACCGGCGGCGGAUCGAAGCCCUCGAAACCCGAGGACGAGGACAAAGAGAGCUCGGAGAGCACGCCGCCCGACGGCAAGGUGAAGAAGAAGAUUAAGAUUGUCAUCGGAAAGAAAACGAAGAAAGUAAGCAAGAAGAAUUUACCCGAUAAAGAUUCCUAGUACAGGCAAAUAGGCAUAGAAUUGGCUACACUUUCUGUGGUUUAUGUCCUAGUCUUCUAAAUGUUUUUGUAUGGGAAAAAGAGUCUACAAGGCCUAGGGGCUUUUAGGCAUUUCAUAAACCGUGUCUGAUUUGUAAGCAAAUAAGAAAACCAUUAAGUUUAGACAGGUGCUUUUUCUAUGAUGGGAGGGUAAGAUCUCAACACUUUAUUUUUAUUUUUAUACCACUCUUAACAGACAUUGCCCACUUGUUGCCUUAGCUUCUGAUCUCAGAGUCAGUUUCAUCCUUUUGCUCAAAUAUUUUCAAAUGCACCAAUUUUUCUUAUGACUGCAGCUGUAUUUGUAUGAUUCUACCCCGUGUUCUGAUUUAGAUUAUCCGAUACAAACAAUCAACAUAUCAAUAAUAGAAGCUUUUCUUAAUCCCAGGCUGCCAUUGUUAAAGAUCCCAGUCAGUUGGUAGAUCAGUAAACGUUCUGCUUUUAACGCUAGGAAAAGAACUUCAAUAUUCAGUUCUUGUAUAGUACUUAGCAAGAGUUGAUUUUACAGUAUUAUGAAGUAAAGUAAUGGUGAUGACUCUUCACAGUCGUCAGAUGUGACCAACGUUCAACAACCUCAUAGUUCACUCUUCUAAAGACUAUGAAUAGUGUCUACUUUACAUAACAAAGUCGAACCGAUAUACAAACUUUCAUCAUAUCAGCACCACAUUUCUAAAAUAAUGUCUUAUUGAUAGGUGUAUUAUUAAUGACUGAACGUAGUGUUUGUACGUAUAGGUGUGAAGAUGAUUAAAAUAAGGUUUUUUUUU